CUGCAGUUACUGUGCUGCCGGAUAGCCUGGGUUGUAUGCUUCCGUUACAUAUUCGUAUAUACCCACCCCCAGACCAUCUAAGGAGACACUGAGUGCACUGUGCACGCAGAGGUGAGCAUAUAGGAAGAGCAAGCUUCCAUCCCCUCGCUGAGAAGGAACCAGAUGUGCAGAGGGAAACACUGGUAGAUUUUUGUGCAAACAGAAGACUUGACCUCUUGUAUCGAGGAGCUCCACCCACUACAGUCAGAAGCGACAGAGCCUGUGUUUGGUUUGGGAUUAGGCAUUUGCAUAGAAAAGCUUUAGUCCUGCUGCAUCAGCCAUGGGGCUCAAACUCGGGGAGAAAGCCGCUUCCUUCUUCUUUGAAUAUGACACCCCCCGAAUGGUGCUGGUGAAGAACAAGAAAGUGGGACUCAUCUUCCGGCUGAUCCAGCUUGUGGUCCUUGGAUACAUCAUAGGGUGGGUUUUCCUCUAUGAGAAGGGUUAUCAGUCACAGGACGGCAUCAUCAGCUCGGUCUCGGUGAAGCUCAAAGGUUUAACUGUUACUAACAUUAGCGGGAUAGGCCCACACAUCUGGGACGUGGCCGACUAUGUUUUCCCACCUCAGGGGGACAGUUCAUUUGUGGUAAUGACAAACGUCAUUAUCACCCGCGGACAGAAGCAGGAUAUUUGCCCUGAGCUGCCAGAUGCAGGACAAUGCAAUAAUGACGGUGAUUGUAUCCAAGGGAAGUACAGUCGCCAGGGGCAAGGUAUCAUGACUGGGAAGUGUGUAGAUUUCAACAGCAAUAACAAGACCUGUGAGAUUUUUGGCUGGUGCCCUGUAGAAGAGGACAAUCAGAUUCCUGAAGACGCUCCAAAUCCAUCACAGAGUCUUCCAGGCACUGCGGCAAAGGUCCUUCCCCUUUCAGGCCCCCCAUUGCUCUUAGAAGCUGAAAAUUUUACCUUAUUUAUUAAGAACAGCAUCACCUUUCCCACGUUUAAAGUCUCCAGACGCAACCUGGUGGAGGGCAUUACCACAAGCUAUCUGAAAAAAUGCUCCUACCACAAAAACAAAGAUCCCUUUUGCCCUGUGUUUGAGCUGGGAUACAUUGUGAAGGAAUCGGGACAAAAUUUUCGUGCCCUGGCCCUUAAGGGUGGGGUUGUCGGUAUCACCAUAGACUGGGACUGUGACCUCGACUGGCCCGUGACAUACUGUAAACCUGUUUACCAGUUUCAUGGACUUUACAAUGAUGACAAUAAUGUUUCACCAGGCUUCAACUUCAGGUAUGCCAAAUACUACAGAGAUAACGGAACUGACUACAGGACUUUGUACAAGGUGUUUGGAAUCCGGUUCGAUAUCCUGGUGAAUGGAAAGGCAGGUAAAUUUGACAUCAUCCCAACGAUGACCACGAUAGGUUCUGGAAUUGGUAUAUUUGGAGUGGCAUCUAUAGUGUGUGAUCUGCUCCUGCUGCACUUUCUCCCACGACGGGAUUAUUACAAACAGAGGAAAUUCAAAUAUGCGGAAAUGAGGACUCCCGUGUCUGAAAAAGAAGAGGCUUCCCCUUCCUCCAUGAGCAAUCUGCAGAACAAUGUGAUGGGCUCUCAGUGAAAUGGUCUGCACUGAAAGAAGAACCUGCAUCCUCUUCCUCUUCUGAUAUGUUGUAAUUGCCCCCACUUCAUCAGGCCAUCACAGAACAAAUGCCAGCUGAACUCACCAUUUUAUACCUUAGACUGAGUCUUCCUAGGCUGAUACAUGUGGUCUGUGUUUCAGCAGACUAUAUUUGUCCAGAUAGGAGUGCACACCUUUAUGAGCACAGAAAAAAUGUGAGUGGAAGGCCAAUGGGCUGCAAGAUAGCAGAUGGUUCUGAUUUAGUCACAGCUUUAGGCACUGACUAGCAGUGACUAAACUAUUCUGGUAUGGGGGAUUCCCACUGACUUCACCCCAAGAAAAGAGAAGCAUGGAGCCCCAUUUAAUUAAAGCACAAAGGGACUUUUUCCUUGUUGCUCUUUAUUUAAAGGCCCUCUUAAGUUAGGAUGACCAGCUGUCCCAAUUUUAUAGGGCCAGUCCGGAUAUUCAGGGCUUGGUCUUAUAUAGGUGCCUAUUACCCCCCACCUCCAUCCUGAUUUUUCACACUUGCUAGCUGGUCAGCCUAUCUGAAGUGCUACCAUCCUUGGUCCAAAUACAGUAGACAGAGAGGGAGAGAGGUUAGGCCAGACUAAAUACUGAGUCUAAAACAAACAUGGGGAGACCCAAACAGUACUGAUUACAUCACCCUCCUGAUCCCUAGUUGGGUGUAGGCAUCACAUGUGAUAAGGCACACACCCAUGGAGUCUAAUGAGAUCACAGCAGACAGUUCUAGUUCCACCUAGACCUUCUGUGGUCUGACUAUGAAAUGCACAGAGGCUGUUUGGAGCUAUGCUCUGGAUUAGCCUAGGCUCUGCCUGAUUUGUAGGGACUUUGUUAGCCCUGUCUAAGUCACUGCCCAGUAGAGGAAGUGCCUCCUCCUGAUGAGGACCGCACUGUUCCUCUUGGUCAAUUACAACACUUGGUAAUUAUAUGUGGUGGG